CUUGCUUCGCAGCACGAAUGACCCCUGAAGUCCCAGUCCUCGGUAGCGAUCAAGCUGGCGGAAGCUCAAUGGACUCUGUAACUAGGCCAUAUGCACCGCCUCGGAUACUCUCCUCGAGGGAGAGCUCGUCUUGGCAGCUUGCGUAUGAGCCUCUUCGCCAGCCAUCCUCGGCUGCCUGGCCCACGCACCCGGUGCCAGCGGACUGUCCGCGCUGCCGAGGGCGGGUUGUGACGCUCGUGACACGGGAAGCGGGCAUGGGCACGUGGACCGCGGCGGGCGGCCUAGCGCUGGCAGGCUGCGUGCUGGGGUGCUGCCUGCUGCCCUUCGCCUGGGACACCUGCAAGGACGCGACACACACCUGCCCUGAGUGCGGCUGCGAGCUCGGGAAGCGGGCGUGCGCUGUGCUGGGCCGGCGGCCGGCGCUGCCCCACCAUCACCACCACCAUCACCAGAAUCACCACCACUUGAACGUUGGAGACAUUGCGGCUGCGGUCGCUUGGGGAGCUGGCGGUGGCGGCGGCGGGUUCGCGGACGGCUGGGGCGCGGUAGGGACGGGGCUCAUGUCGCUAAUGCGGCGCCACGCUUCUUAAGAGAGGAGCCUCACACUCACAGGCUAGAAAGGGAUAAUAAGGAGUUCGGCGGAAUUAGGGGCAGCUGUAUGUGUGGGCGGGAGUAGAUCGCGCAGGUUGUAAAGGCUACCAAGC